AUGAAUGCAGUUGAAUUGUCCUUUUGUUCGCCCCAAGAGCGUGCGGUGUUGAAGGCAAAACUAGAGCAAGGCUACAAAGAGCGAGAAGUUGCACGGAAAGAACGGCUGGCAGCAAUUAAAUGGAAUGUCAAGGACUUGGAAGAAAACUGCAGCAUCUCCGAUAAGGUGGUGAAAUGUGACCGACGGGCGUUGCUCAAUCUAGUCGAGAUGCUGGAGACCGGGACGGAACCAGAAGCUUUAUACAAACGUUUCUCAGAAGUUCUGGAAGGGCCCGUUGACCCUUUGUUUCAGGAUCCCAACGAUGAUCCUGAAGAGUGCAGAAAAUGGCAACAAUUCAUGAUUGACACGUCGACUAGAGCCUUGACGGUGCUUGCGAAAGACAAAAGUUCUUGGCAUGUAGCACUGGCAGGCAAGAUUUUGCGAAUUCCGUUUCUCUUGAAACUGGGCUUCAGGGGUUUCAGAACCCAACCGGUGAUUUACGAUCAGCUGGAAAAGAUUGAGCAGGACACAUUGUUUUUUGGAGUGGUGCUCUUCACUGGAUGUAUUUGA